AAUUUCGACAAUAUUCUGUUUAAAUAUUUGAAAACUUUGAUCUUAUUCUGAAUUAUGACUGAAACAAUUGAAGAAAUCAGGACAGGAUGAAACUUUCCGUUUGCUUGAUUUUACUGAGUAGCGGUUGUUUGGGGUGUAUAUUGGACGAUCUCAGAGAUGAUGUGGAUAAACUAAUUCAAGCAAAUAAGGAAAAAGAAGUUCGUGGCACAUGGCACCUGGGGAUGAACAUCAAUCCAUCAGAUGGACACAUAUUCGGGUACACUGAGGGGUGGGCAACAGGAGACAACAUUGGAAGUGAGGAAGAAGCCCUGACUAAGGACUAUCUGAGUGGAGGAGUUUGGGAUGAACCAGCUAAAUACAUCGCUAUUGUCAGACAUCAACAGGGCGUCCUGGACGCUGUCAAGGUCUUCAAGUUCAAACACUGGGGCGCUUCUCUUUAUACCAGGUUCGGAACCAAGAACCAGAACCCUGGCAGACAGAUAGUAACAAAAGGAGGACCUAUCCAGGAAUCUAUCUCAGUAAACGCCACAAACUUGGAAGAUGACCCAAUCUUCUCUGUGGACGGAGACUUGGCCUUCAACUGGGCGUUUGGUGAUAACGGCUGCAGAAUAGUCCUCACUGGAGGACACCUCUCUGGAGCUGAUGACAAUGACGAUAACACCCACGGACUGGGUAAUGACUACUUUUGCAACCCAACAAGCAACAUUAAGAUAGGCUUCGGCAACAGUUGGAAUAAUGAUGUGUCCAACAUCCAGGAUUGCAGCUGGAAGAGGGGCUGUUGGAAUGUUAAAGUUCAGGGUAAGGAUCACGGACACAAGUACAGGAACGGACCAGUGUACGGUAACUAUGCUAUCUACGUGUCAAUGGAGGCUGAGUCCUUCCCUCAACCAGGCUACAAGCUGGAUCUUGAAAUUGAGAUGUAAAGGAAUUGUCUUAUAAAACACUAAGUGAUAAGAUUGAUGUUGGAGGUCGGAAACUCGUGACCCCAGAAG